CUCUAUAUCUGCAUACCCUCGUCUAAAUGUAACAUCUCUAAAUUAUUAACUACUUCGGACUCAAUUUACCUUGCAAAUGGUAACUUUCAACUUUGGAUAUAUAGAUUGGUAUAUAAGCUACGUAUGCCGCAGGGAUUCAGAAGAACAAUUCAUGUGUUUAGACUAUUAUCAAGACUAACGUGACAAAAAAAACCUCGCCUACCUGGUAUCAUUGAAGCAUCUCUCAGAAUCUUUCUCAUAAAAUUGUCAACCUGUCAUAUAUCUAGUCAUUCUGCGAUAUGUUUAGCAUCAGGCCUGACUACACCGAGGAAAACAUCCCAGACCUGUCUAGUAAAGUAUAUAUAGUCACUGGCGCGAAUACUGGACUCGACAAAGAAGUCACCCGGAUCCUCUUUCAUAAGAACGCGACCGUCUGGAUAGCGGUGCGCAACAAAGAGGAAGGCCGUCGUGCGAUCAAGUCUAUCCGCAAAGCAUCUCCACGGGGAAGCUGGAGCUUCUACACUUGGACGUAUCCCCCGGAGAGCAGCGUCCGCGUCGUCUAUGUAUCCUCUUCAUCAGCCGAGCACAUGAUCCCCAUGGAGGGCGGCGUCGACAUGGAUAACCUAGAUUACAAGAAGGACAUCUUCUGUGUGUAUAAGCACGGCGUUAGCAAGGCGGAUCCUAUCGUGCAUCGACCAACGUAUGGUCUUAGUGGUCUUGGGGUGAACAAGGACCAGAAAGCUCUGACAGAAUUGCAGGCAUUUGAUCCAGGUGCUCUCAAAACAGACCUCGAUCGACAUUUCAACGCGCUCGAGAUGCUCUACGGGAAGGCUAUUGUAAAGCCUGUGAUUCUUUGA